GGCGAAGCUGUCUUCAGUGGGGAGCAUCUCUGAGGAGGAGACCUGCGAGAAGCUGAAGGGCUUGAUCCAGCGCCAGGUGCAGAUGUGCAAGAGGAACCUGGAGGUGAUGGACUCGGUGCGGCGUGGGGCCCAGCUGGCCAUCGAGGAGUGCCAGUACCAGUUCCGCAACCGCCGCUGGAACUGCUCCACGCUGGACACCCUGCCCGUCUUCGGCAAGGUGGUGACGCAAGGGACGCGGGAGGCAGCAUUCGUCUACGCCAUCUCUUCGGCAGGGGUGGCCUUCGCCGUGACCCGAGCCUGCAGCAGUGGCGAACUGGACAAGUGUGGCUGUGACCGCACGGUGCAGGGGGGCAGCCCGCAGGGCUUCCAGUGGUCGGGCUGCUCCGAUAACAUCGCCUACGGCGUGGCCUUCUCGCAGUCCUUCGUCGAUGUCCGGGAGCGGAGCAAAGGGGCUUCUUCCAACAGAGCGCUGAUGAACCUCCACAACAACGAGGCAGGGAGGAAGGCAAUCCUGAACAACAUGCGGGUGGAGUGCAAGUGCCAUGGUGUGUCGGGCUCCUGCGAGUUCAAGACGUGCUGGAAAGCCAUGCCCCCCUUCCGCAAAGUGGGCAACGUCUUGAAGGAGAAAUUCGAUGGUGCCACGGAGGUCGAGCAGAGCGAGAUCGGAUCCACCAAAGUGCUGGUGCCCAAAAACUCCCAGUUCAAGCCACACACAGACGAGGACCUCGUCUACCUGGACUCCAGUCCCGACUUCUGUGACCACGACCUCAAGAACGGGGUGCUGGGCACCAGCGGCCGGCAGUGCAACAAGACCUCCAAGGCCAUCGACGGCUGCGAGCUGAUGUGCUGCGGCCGGGGCUUUCACACGGACGAGGUGGAGGUGGUGGAAAGGUGCAGCUGCAAAUUCCACUGGUGCUGCUCUGUCAAGUGCAAACCCUGCCAUCGGGUGGUGGAAAUCCAUACGUGCCGGUGAUGAGCAGCGGGGAGUGCCCAUCCGUCCCCAUCCCUGAUGGACCCUGUUUCUCCCCUGCCCUACAGCCAGGACUGAGGAAGUGACCCAGACACUGCAGGGAGAGCGCAGCUCUUGACAGAGACAGAGCCCCAGAGGAAAACAGAUUUUAAAGAAAAAAAAAUAUUUAAAGUUU